AAUCCACCCCUCAACCAUAAUGGGCUUUUAGCUAAGGUUAUCUUCUUUCUUUAGAGACACAAUGCUCUCCUGAUUGAUUUAAUGUAAGUUUCAGAAACCUCAUAUUUUACACCUAUAAAGGAAUUAUCUGUUUAUUGCAGAAAAAAUGAUCUCCGCUGAGAAGCUAGGAAUAAACUGUCUUGAAGAACUGGAAUUAGAUUUCAGAUCCCCUCGUUGAAUUGUUUGUAAUCUGAGUGCUUUGGAAAUUGAAGCUAUGAAGUUUGUCAACACACAAACCAACAAUUGUGUCUCUAAGGCGUUAUCACAGUUCAACAGCUGAGCAUGAGCUAUUUUGAGAAAGCACUAUUUUCACUUUCAUUCUUACUCAAGGUCCCUGAUCAUCCACAUAUCUGAAUGUACUCACUCAGUCUUCAGACUUCACUAUGUCCUUUGAGCUGGGGAAAAUCUCAUCAGAGGUGAAAAUGGCAAUUGGCAGUAAGUUCACUGAAAUAUGGAAAAAACAUUUUACUCUUAUAUCAACGUCGUUAUAUUCACUCAUUUUGAUCGUGCUUGAAAAGAUAACGGAAUCUGAGUUUCAAUGCCCAGAAGAGUGGACACUGAAAAUUGUUUACUGCGUCUUCUAUUUCUUUCUGCCAGCUGUGACUUUUUUUAUAUUAGGCAUAAUUUUCCAGCCAGUGUGUCUAAGUCCUUCUGACAGAAAAAACGAAUUCUACUACUAUGUCAAAAAAUGCAAAACUCAGUCUACAGACACUUUGUCUACAGACAAGUGCAAGUUUAAGAGCAGCUGGGGCAGUUAUUUAAAGGCUUUUUUUCCUGCUCUGUUGUGGAUAGUGAUACUUUUUCUGGAUGGAAGAUAUAUUGGCUGCGCCACGGGCAAUAUCACAGGUCAUCAUGUUUCCCAGAUUGUUGGACUCCUUAUCAUGGUUGCUGUUGUCAGUAUCGGUUUGGCAUGCGCGUGCUGCUGCAAGAAGCGCUACACAGAAAACAUAACAGUGGAUGAAGAAACCAAGAAGCUACUAGAGCAAGAAGUUUAUGAUGAUAUUUUAAAACAGAAGAAAAAGGCUAUCUGGCAACGCCUAAAUGAUGAAUACUUAGCUGACCCGGAAACAAUAUCGAACCCUAUUGACAAAAAAGAGAUAACUGAGAUGAUAAAUAGGGUUUGUAACAAUUCAAGAGAAGGCUCAGCUGACCAAGGAGAAAUAGUAAUGGUCAGCGUUUCACCUCAAGGGACCUCCAAUUCAUCACCUCAAGAGACCUCCAGUCUGUUACCUCAAGGGACCUCCAGUCCUUUACGUCAAGGGACAUCGACUCCAUCACCUCAAGAGAUAUGAGAAAUCUCAAGUUGUCCAAGGGUGUGAGUUUUUCUGUAUUUUAAUAUGACAGCACAGAAAGACUGGUAACUGAUUAUUAUACCAGUAAUAACACCAAACCAUGACUGCACAGCAACUGCAAUCUACUAAUUGCACAAAAACCAAAGUGGAGAAUAAGGAAGGACAUGCAUCCCCAGCAGUUCUGCUCCUCAGCCUCCCCCUGCAGUUCUUGGCUUCCUCUCCCAGGCUGGGGGGGGGGGGGGGGCUGUAGUGGGUUCCCCUCCCCAUUCCAGGCUGCGGAGGGUGGCUCUAAGGGCUCCUCCUCUUCCUCUGCCAGGCUGAUGCUCCAGGGAGGGCAAGAUGGAAGAGCUGUCCUAUCCUGUUGUUCACAGGAGGGGAGGAGGAAAUGGCAGUGGAGCCGCCUUGAACAGUUGGGCUCUUUAGGUCCCUCUUCCCCUCCCAUGAGAAUGGUGUCUGGAUGCCGAGGGGGUGGGGAGGGGGAGAGAGCUCUGAGUGCAAAGUGCCAGAUCCGUAGCAGCAUUACACCUCUGCUGGAUGAGAUUUCCUGAGGUAUGUGUAAAAGCAUGACACAGGGUUCAAAUGUGUAAGUCUUACAACUCAGGUGUGAGAACUUCAUUUCACAGGGUCUCCAGUUCUUCACCAUAAGAGAUCUCCAACCCUUCACCUCAAGGGUUCUCCAAUUUUCCACUUCAAGAGGUCUCAAUACCUUCAUCUCAGAGGAUCGCCAACCAUUCACCUCAUGAGGUCUCAAAACUUUCAUCUCAAGGAACUACAGAUUUCUGAUUUCUAAUAGUCGUGUAAUCUAUAAGGGAAAAGCUGCAACACAACCUCAUAACCUGCUUCUCUCAAUUUCAGAACAGCAGAAAUGGAAAGCAAAGAGAAAUUAAAAUUAAGGAUGAUUAAAACUCUGUCCAUAUCUAGUUAAACAAUGGCUAUAGGGUGACCACUCAUCAUUAAAAUAUCUUCCAAUGGCCAAGUAAGUUUUUGAAAUGUAGAUAGAAGUUUGAGGUAACCACAGUGAUUUGUGUUCAGGAAGAAAAUCCGAGAGACUGCCAAUAAUCUGCUCAAGACUGCUGCAGCUGUUAAAUAGUUUAAAUACAAGGCUUACCUAGCAAACAUGGCUCAGCUGUUUUUCAUAUGCAAUAGAUUUGCUUUAGCAUUUACUUUCAUAUUUUUAUGUGGAAGGCAUUUAAAAAUAAAGGCACUCUGAAACUCAA